AUGGUUCUAUUAAGGAUUAAGAGCAAGUCUUUGCUGGAAAAGUAUGAUAUACCUGUAAGCCAUCUGGACUAUAAGUAUAUUGAAACAUGCCAAAACUCUAAAGAAAUGGAGAGAAUAGUAGUAAUAUUGAAAUCUGGAGAAGAAGGAUAUUACCCAGAUUUACUGGACAAGGCAAUUGAUAGGUUAAGGGUCCUCAAACCUAAUAGCAAAUAUCUAAGAGUCGAUGAGCCGUUGGUGCGCAGUUGCCAGCUUAAUCCAGAUUCUCGUGAGGAGUUUCUUAACGAAUUUUCAGAAUGGUGUGGCGAUAUGCAAGGAAUCGAAACCGACUUGAAAUCAUCUAGCAUCAAAUUCAAGAGUCAAGCAGCUCAAGUAAAAUCUCGCCGCCUAUUACCCGAUAUUCGAAAUAAUACUUCUUUUAUGACCGAUUCUGGAGAAAAACGUUGUGAACGUAAAACAAAACGAAUUGCAGCUUGUGACUACGAAUCUUGGGAUAAAUAUGAUCCUGAUACAGAAAUAUUGAAAAUGGAAUUAGAAGAAGAGAAGAAUCGCGAAGCAGCUGCGAAGGCACAUGCUGAACGAGAAAGCGCAAUAGCGAAGAAGAAAAACAAGCAGGCUAUGGUCGAUCUUUUAUCUCAUAGCGAGAAAAAAUUGUUCGCAGAUCGCCAAAGAAUUGCUGGAAAUGAAAGUUUCAGAUGUGGCGACUAUAAAAUUGCGUUAGUACAAUAUACGGAAAGUAUCGAAUUGCUGCAAACAGCAGCAGCUUACAAUAAUCGCGCGGCAACAUAUUUGAAGCUCAAACAAUUCAAUGAAGCAAGUGAAGACUGCAAUAGAGUCCUAGCACUCGAACCGGAUAAUGUAAAAGCUUUGAUUAGAAAAGCAGAAGCUCUACAAGGUUUAGAAGAACAUGUUAAGGCUCUGGAAUAUUAUGAGCAAGCCAUCAAGAUAAAUCCUAACAAUACAAUAGCACAGAAUGGUGCGUAUGAGUGUAGCCGGCGCAUUAACAAAUCCAGUAAAACUAUCAGAAUGCGUAUACAAGACGAGGACGAACAGCAAUCAUCCUGCACAAUUGUGGAACUGGAUGAUUCGUACGAAAAGUUGAAUGGACAAAAUGAACCGACAGUAUCGUCCCAAAAAAUAGUAGAACUAAAUGAUACGGAGGAGAUUGGUGAAAUAAAUAGAGAUAAUAAUGACAAAAGAAUGAAUGGUGAUCACAUGGAUAUCAACAUGAAUAAAAUGAUAAACACAGGAAGAGAAGAUCAACUGAACAGAAACGAGGCAAAUAAUAAUACUCAAGGCCCAAGGAAUCGCACAUGCUUAGUGCCGAUCGCAUCCACAUCUGGAUUUCAAGGACCAACAGUUAUUGAAGUGACGAUUCCCGAGGACAUGCCGCUCUCUUCUAUUGAUCGAUCAUUAUCACAAUCACAGUGUAUGACAUCGACUUCUGAAAUUGAUACUCAUUGCUCUAAUAUGGAGGACCUCACUUCAGCUGAUAUAGAAACUAUUCUUAUAGAAGAAAUUGAAGAGAACGUGGUUAUUGAAGAAAUUUCCAUACAUGACAUGGAAGUAGCGGACACGUUAAUUGAAGAAGCUAAAAGUCCGAAUGAUUCGUCCUGUGAUUUUACAGUAUAUUGUGAUAAACCAGAAGAAGAAAUCUUGGGGAUUGAUCAAGUCGAUGUAAACAUGGAAGACAAAUCGUCUGAUUUCAAUGAGGUUGAAAGCGCUAAUACAUCAAAUAUAACAGAAGCAGAAAAGCACAGAGUUCCAUUGCAAGAACAAGAUUUGCGUAAACAAUUCAAAAGAGAUAGAAAAAGAGCCAGACGAGUUGAACGUAAUACCAACAAUUUUAUUCUAUCUGUUAUUUCAGGUCAGGAAUUAGGAGCAUCACGGUCAAAAGGAAAAAUAGAGGUGGCCGAAAAAUAUAGAAUUAAACCAAAAGUCAACCGAGUCGAUGCAACAACAGUUAAGAAAGAAGAAUCUGAGGAAGAAAAACGGACGGGUGAUUUAAGAGUCCGAAAAAUUCUUACAGAGAAACAGAUUCAAAUUAACGAAAGGAUACGGCAAAAUCAAUUAUCAUCGGAAGAAUCUACUUUCACGCCAUACGAGUUUUUGAAAACUUGGGAAUCGGUUAAGCAUGACGAUGAUUUCAGCGCCAGGGCGAAAAUUUUGCGAGCAAUGGUACCAGCGACAUUGAAAUUAGUGAUAGGAAACAAACUGGAUGCUAAUAUGUUGACAAACAUGUUAGAAUGCUUGAAAAGGCAUUUUAUUGUAAAAAACGAUAGUACUAAUGCAAAUUAUUUGGCACAAUAUUUAAACACAAUUUGCCAACUACCUCGGUUUUCGGUAAUCGCUAUGUUUUUGAACGAAGUGGACAAACAGAAUCUCAAAGACAUUAUCGAUCACAUCGAUAAAUCAGAAGCUAAGUUAUGUGAUGAAAUCAGAAAAUACGCCUCCUGA